UGAGCCCUCUUGACCGAGGCAAACCCUAGCCCCCCCCCUGUUCCCCAUGCAGAUGGAAAUGGAGGCGGGAGGUUUUAGGUCAAAAAGGGGCAGAUCGGUGUCGCCGGGCAAGGAUGAAGAUGGAGGAGGCGUAGACCACAUCAGCGCCCUCCCCGACGCCGUCCUUGGCGAGAUCAUCACCCUCCUCCCCACCAAGGACGACGCCCGCACCAGAAUCCUAGCCUCCCGGUGGCGCCACCUCUGGCGCUCCGCCCCUCUUAACCUCGAAGGCCGUAGCCUCAUCAACCAUCCGGAUAAACGGGGUAAAUUCGCUGGUGUCGUGUCACGCAUCCUCUCCUCGCACCAAGGCCCCGGUUGCCGCUUCUGCAUCCCCGAUGGCCACGGACGAAGCAUCUACGGAGCAGCUACCACCAUGGACGCCUGGCUCCGGUCCCCCGCUCUGGAUAACCUGCAGGAGCUCGAUGUAUGGUACGACCGAUGCCACCAGGUGCCGGCAUCGACGUUUCGCUUCAAGGCCACCCUCCAUGUCCUCACCAUCGGAGGAUGCGACCUCUCCAAAAGCAGCACCGUCCAAGGACUAGGCUUCCCCGUGCUCAAGCAGCUAGGAAUCGAGUGUGUCAUCAUCUCGGAGUCCUCAAUUCACAGCUUGAUUGCUUCUUGCCCCGUUCUCGAGUGCUUGUCUAUUACGUACACCUACGGGUUCAGUUGUCUCCGGAUCAACUCCCAUAGCAUUAAAAAGAUCCAUAUCUAUGGCUGCGGGACUGAUGAACCUGAGCAGACGGAUCCAAUCGAGUUAAAGGAACUCAUCAUUGAGAGUGCCCCUUGCCUCGAAAUCUUACAGGAUAUCUGCAACGAUGGUUUGCAUGCAUCCAUUGUUUCCGCGCCCAAACUGGAGACAUUGGGCAUCCUUAAUGAGCACAAGCGUGACGGCGUGGACUACUCCACCCGACUAGUGUUUGGCUCCACAGUGAUUCAGGGAUUGCGCGUUGAUAGCCUGGCGACGGUGGUGCGCACUGUCAAGGAUUUAUCGGUUUGUAUGAUGGCCCUUAAUUUGGAUAUAGUUAUUGAAUUGAUGAAAUGUUUUCCGUGCUUGGAGAAGCUCUCCCUUCAGGGUUGGUCAACAGGGGAAAAGAAUUUGUGGCGUCGUAAACACCGAAAGCUUAUCGGAUGUCUUGAUAUUCGUCUAAAGACAAUAGUGAUAUCAUCUUAUCGGGGCAUUUGGUCUGAAAUUAACUUUGCCACAUUCUUUGUACUCAACGCAAAAGUGCUAGAGUUUAUGAUAUUUCAGGUUGGCUCCACCAGCGAGGAGUUUAUUGCAGAACAGAAGAAGAAACUUCAGUUCGAUAAUAGGGCUUCAAGAGUUGCUCAGUUUCGUUUUACAACUGGCGUGGCCGUGGAGGUUUAGAUAUCAACCAUGUCCACGAUUUGAAUUUAGCUAAUCCCUUCAUAUGCAGAUGUUAAACUGUGUUUGCUCUUCUCAAGAAUUGUUCCUGGCUAUCUCAUUAUGUGUUUUGUUCAAAUUGUGACUGCC